AUGGCGACCAAGACCAAGACGGCCAAGGGCCUCGAGCAUGAAAAGCGCAAGGGCGAAUCGGCUCUCAGCGACUUUGCCGAAUAUGUAGAACAACAGCAGAAUCUACGGUAUCCAGCCUCUGCGAAGAAGCCCGCCGACUCAGUGGAACACGAUGUGGAGCUUGAUGAGCUGCUCGACAGCCUAAAUCUGGUCGACUCUGCGCCGCGAGUGAAGCUCAAGGACCUCGUGCUCAGAUCGGACGACGACACCCUGAAGAAGCUCGGAGACGUCAUUGUCGAGCGAAUAGAAGAAGGCGCCGGCGAGACGGUCUUCGAUCUCGGGUUUGAGAACAGCGGCGAAUCCAUGCAACUGACUCCGCAAGAGUGGCAUCAGGCGUAUACAAGACUCGUCGAGGCUGCGAAGCGGGUGGGCGCAGACUGCCAGCUGCUCCUAACGACCAAUGUGGGUGGCAAGGAAGAGGCGGAAAGCACGGCGACGAGCCCGACCAAGGACAAGAGCUGCAGCGGAAAGAUUCUCAUUCGAAGGAUACCGGGCAAGAUUGAGGAUGUCAUUGAGACGAGGAUAGCAGUCGUGGGCAAUGUCGAUGCUGGAAAGAGUUCGCUGCUCGGCGUGCUAGUCAAGAACGACCUGGACGACGGGCGAGGACGAGCGCGAGUGAAUCUCUUCCGUCACAAGCACGAAAUGGAGACGGGACGAACAAGCUCUGUGGGCAUGGAAAUCAUGGGGUUCGACAGUCUCGGCCAAGUCGUCACUUCGGAUACCCCAGGCCGAAAGCUGUCGUGGGAAGACAUUGGGAAGCGCAGUGCCAAGGUCAUCACUUUCAGCGAUCUGGCUGGGCACGAAAAGUACCUGCGCACGACUGUGUUCGGCUUGCUCUCCAGCAGUCCCGACUUUUGCCUUCUUAUGGUCGCGGCCAACAAUGGACUGGUUGGAAUGAGCAAGGAGCACCUGGGCAUUGCGCUGGCGCUCAACGUCCCCGUCAUGGUCAUCAUCACCAAGAUUGACAUUUGCCCUCCCAACAUUCUCAAGGAGACCAUCAGCCAGGUCAACAAGAUCAUGAAGAGUCCCGGUGCCCGAAAGAUGCCAACCUUUAUCACAAACCGCGAAGAGUGCAUCAACACGGCGACCCAGUUUGUCAGCAAGAGGAUAUGUCCCGUCUUCCAGGUGUCCAACGUCACCGGCGAGAACCUCGAUCUCGUGCGGCUCUUCCUGAACAUGCUGCCUCACCACGGGCACUAUCACUCUGACGCGCCAUUCGAGUUUCAAGUUAAUGACACAUUCUCGGUGCCGUUCACUGGUACGGUUGUCUCUGGCAUUGUCAAGUCUGGCAUGGUUCACGAAGGCGACAAUGUUCUGAUUGGGCCGGAUUCUCUAGGGCAUUUCACGCCCACGGCAGUGCGUUCCAUUGAGCGCAAGAGAAUACGGGUGCAUGUGGCCGAGGCAGGGCAAUCUGCCUCGUUUGCGCUCAAGAAGAUGAAGCGGCGAGAUGUCCGCAAGGGCAUGGUGAUGCUUCAUAAAGAAGAGGGACAGACUGGGCCCAGGGUGUUUCAAGAAUUCGUCGCAGAAGUUCUUAUUCUGUCGCACGCAACCACCAUCAAGAAGCGCUAUCAGGCCAUGCUACAUGUCGGUGCCGUCUCGCAGACAUGCGCUAUCAUCGACAUUGACCGCGAGCUGAUUCGCACGGGCGAUCGCGCCAACGUUGCCUUUCGCUUUGUCCAGCGUCCAGAAUACAUUGCCCCUGGAGACCGGCUUUUGUUCAGAGAGGGCCGCACUAGAGGUCUCGGCAUUGUCAAGUCUGUAGGGUACGAUCCCAAGCAGCCGCUGAUGAGCGCUCCAGAAGAUGUGAUUGGGCAAGCCGAGGACGUCGAGCAGCAAUCUGUGGUUGGAGAAGCGAAUGAUGUAGCAAGCGGGACGUAG